UUCCUGUCCAUUUCCUCCCCCUCAACCCCGGCUGUCAGUGCUGUGUGAGUGCGUGUGUGCUCCUGAGCUUGCUCGGCACACAUUCUAUAAAAAAAUAAAAAUACAAAAAAAAUUCAAAACAUAAAAAAGUCUAAAAAAUAAUUUUAUUUCUUUUUGUAACAAGUCGGUGAAGCUGGAGUAGACAUUCAAGGACUGGACGGUAACGUACAAGAAGGGGCUUGACUAACGUAUCGGAUUUUUUUUCAGUCGACGUGUUACUGAUUCAAAAAGCGAGGCCAAGUAACGUUAGAAUAGCUUUUAGUAGCUCUGUUUGUCAAAUUUGACAGUUUUUUUAAUCCAAACAGAAGUCGACACCGCGUCAUUUUAGUUGGACCAGCUUUUAAUUUUUAUUCGAAAACGGUGCAACUGACAAGUCAGCGGUUGUGUAACGUUUCCCCAUUCUGCCCCGAACUGACGUGACGCUCUGACCGUUAGAGAACCAAGCAGUCGGUCUCCGAAAACUUUUUUCGUGAGGAAAACCCAAGCUUAGUCCGUUUUACCCUGCCGGAGAAAAUGAACCCCAGCGCUCCCAGUUACCCCAUGGCCUCCCUGUACGUCGGGGAUCUGCACCAAGAUGUGACCGAGGCCAUGCUGUACGAGAAAUUCAGUCCGGCCGGAGCUAUCCUCUCGAUCCGGGUCUGUAGGGACAUGAUCACCCGGCGUUCCCUUGGAUACGCCUAUGUUAACUUCCAACAGCCAGCGGACGCUGAACGUGCUCUCGACACCAUGAACUUCGAUGUGAUCAAAGGGCGGCCUGUACGCAUUAUGUGGUCACAGCGUGAUCCAUCACUCAGAAAAAGUGGCGUGGGAAACAUCUUCAUCAAGAAUCUUGACAAGUCCAUUGACAACAAGGCUCUUUAUGACACCUUCUCGGCUUUUGGCAACAUCCUGUCAUGCAAGGUGGUUUGUGAUGAAAAUGGUUCAAAAGGCUACGGGUUUGUGCAUUUUGAGACUCAGGAGGCAGCUGAACGAGCCAUUGAGAAAAUGAAUGGCAUGCUGCUCAAUGACCGAAAAGUAUUUGUGGGUCGCUUCAAAUCUCGCAAAGAACGCGAGGCUGAGCUUGGUGCCCGAGCCAAAGAGUUUACUAAUGUUUACAUUAAAAACUUUGGUGACGACAUGGAUGAUGAGAAGCUGAGGGAAGUCUUCAAUAAAUACGGAAACGCCAUGAGUAUCCGGGUUAUGACGGACGACACCGGAAAGUCUCGAGGAUUUGGGUUUGUCAGCUUUGAAAAGCACGAGGACGCCCAGAAGGCAGUGGAUGAGAUGAAUGGGAAGGAGUUUAACGGCAAACUGAUCUACGUUGGCCGCGCCCAGAAGAAGGUGGAGCGACAGACUGAGCUGAAGCGUAAAUUUGAGCAAAUGAAACAAGACCGCAUGACUCGCUACCAGGGUGUCAACUUGUAUGUGAAGAACCUCGACGAUGGAAUUGAUGAUGAGCGCCUGCGGAAGGAGUUCACAUCAUUCGGCACCAUAACCAGUGCUAAGGUCAUGAUGGAAGGCGGGCGGAGCAAAGGCUUUGGCUUUGUCUGCUUCUCGUCCCCAGAGGAGGCCACCAAAGCUGUGACUGAAAUGAAUGGACGCAUUGUAGCCACCAAGCCGUUAUACGUGGCCCUGGCCCAGAGAAAAGAAGAGCGCCAAGCCCACCUGACCAACCAGUACAUGCAGCGCAUGGCCAGCGUGCGCGCAGUGCCAAAUCCAGUCAUCAACCCCUACCAGCCGGCCCCACCCUCUGGCUAUUUCAUGGCAGCCAUACCUCAGGCCCAGAAUCGUGCUGCUUACUACCCAGCUGCCGGCCAGAUGGCCCAGCUCCGCCCAAGCCCACGCUGGACCACCCAAGGUGUUCGACCACAGCAUUUCCAGAACAUGCCCGGUGCCAUGCGUCCCUCAGCACCACGCUCUCAGACCUUCAGUACGAUGCGGCCUGCCUCCCAGGUGCCUCGCAUGAUGUCCACCCAGCGCGUCGCCCCUCAAACUAUGGGACCCCGUCCGGCCUCUGCAGCUGCUGCAGCAGGCGCUCCUGUGCGUGGAGUACCUCAGUACAAGUAUGCUGCAGGAGUCCGCAAUCCCCAGCAGCACAUGGCCGCUCAGCCACAGGUCAGCAUGCAGCAGCCCGCCGUCCACGUUCAGGGACAGGAGCCUCUGACCGCCUCCAUGCUGGCGGCUGCUCCACCACAGGAACAGAAGCAGAUGCUGGGUGAACGUCUUUUCCCGCUGAUCCAAAACAUGCAUCCCAGCCUGGCAGGAAAGAUCACUGGCAUGCUGCUGGAGAUUGACAACUCAGAGCUGCUUCAUAUGCUAGAGUCCCCAGAAUCUCUCCGCUCAAAGGUGGAUGAGGCAGUGGCUGUGCUGCAGGCCCACCAGGCCAAGGAGGCUGCUCAGAAGACUGUGACAAAUUCAACUGGUGUCCCAAGUGUCUGAACUCAAGGAGUGGGGAUCCUUGAGACUAGCUUCACCGAUGGACAAAUUAGUUUCACCAUGAAAAAAGUAAAAAAAUACACAAAACAAAGUAAAAAGAAAUUAAAUAAUAUAUUAAAAAAAAAAAACAACACAACAACAACGGAAACAAGUCUACAACCAGGCCUGUCAAUGAAAAGAAACACGGGUCUGGUUUGCUAAACUUAAAAAGAGAAAAUACCCAAAAAAAGAGAAAAAAAUAAAAUAAAAAACGAGGGGUUUUAGAGGAGAGUUCUGUGAAAAGAUAUUAAAGCAUUUGUUUCUUCCAUUUUAUCCCUUUUAAACAUUUGAAUGUUUGGGCUGUGGAAGCCUGCUAUUGUGAACAUUUCCUUGACCUUUGCUUGCUUGAAUAAAACUUAAAAUAAUAA